AUGAAGCCGGAAGUGAGAGUGAAGUUCGAAGACGCGGAAGAGGAGUGGGUGGGGAUUACGGUUGAUUCUCCAUCUACAGUAAGAUUCACCUUUUCAACGUGGUCACCACCUUCCCUUUCAGACAAUUGAGCGUGAAACUACAACUGCAGUACCACUCAACAUCACAACAAGCACAGUCAAUCAGAGCAGCCCUUCUUCAAAUACCAGCGCAGUUACACCUCCUAGCUCAACUUUUGUGAGCAGUAGUACCACUACCGCUGCACAAAUUACCUUCACUGAAACUUCGAAAGAGACAAAAGCUCCUUUGAAAAUCGUGAAAAUAGAGUCGUUUCCUGCUUUCGUUAUCCGGAAAACCUACAGUAAUGGGGCUUAUUCUCAGCGGACUUUUGUGGAUUGGAAUUUGCUUAAUAUGCUCACAAAUAAUCGAAAGGAAUCGGGAAUCGAAAGUUUGACGAAAAAAUUUGCUGUCAAUUUUUCUAAAUGGUUGGAAAACGGUGAGUCCUGUUUUCCCGGGAAACUUUGAAAUUUCGUGAAAAGACUGUUUUCAGCUCUCCGAACCCAUCAUAUUUCGCAAUUGAGCGGAAAGUAUGUGAUCGGCGGCUUCUGUUUUCCACAAUUUUGGGAGACAUGUGCUCAUUUUGAAGAUUUGAGAGUCGCGUUGAAAAGUGUCGAAAAAAGAGGCUUCACGCUUUCAAUCAAUGGAAUUUCUCGACUCGGGCUUCUAAACGAUACUCUUCAAUUCCAACUCGUCGCGAAAAACGGAAAAAUGUGCAUUUUUCUUCUCUGUUAA